GGAUAAACACAGAGAAUUAUCACAAAGACGGAAAAGGAAUGUGUCCAGCAGUCAUGAGGAGGGAAAAUCCUGUGAGAUUCAGCACAGACCAGAAAGAGAGCAGGGAAACCAGCCAGGGGAAAAAGUGGGUAAAUUAAUUUCUUGUUGGGGAACUCAGAAGGACAUCAAGGAAAGCACAACCCAGCAGGAAAUCCUCAUGGGAAAGAGAAAAAAUACAUUCACUGAGUGUGGGAAAAACUUACAUGACUACUCAGCCCUUUUAAAGCAUCAGAGAAUCCACACAGGGGAGAGGCCCUAUGAAUGCAGUGAGUGUGGGAAAAACUUCACUCGCAGAUCAGGCCUUUUUCUCCAUCAGAGAAUCCACACAGGGGCGAGUCCCUAUGAAUGUCGUGAGUGUGGGAAAUGCUUCACUAAGAGAUCAGCACUUUCUGAACAUCAGAGAAUCCACACAGGGGAGAGACCCUAUGAAUGCAGUGAGUGUGGGAAAAACUUCACUCACAGAACAGGCCUUUUUCUCCAUCAGAGAAUCCACACAGGGGAGAGGCCCUAUGAAUGCAGUGAGUGUGGGAAAACCUUCAACCGCAGUUCUCACCUUAUUAGGCAUCGGAGAAUCCACACAGGGGAGACACCCUAUGAAUGCAGUGAGUGUGGGAAAAACUUCACUCGCAGAUCAGGCCUUUCUGAACAUCAGAGAAUCCACACGGGGGAGAGGCCCUAUGAAUGCCGUGAGUGUGGGAAAUGCUUUGCUAACAACUCAGCCCUUUCUAAACAUCAGAGAAUUCACACACGAGAGAGGCCCUAUGAAAGAACUGAGUGUGGGGAAACCUCUUGUGGGAAAAACUUACGUCACUACUCAGCCCUUAUAAAGCAUCAGAGAAUCCACACAGGUAAGAAACCUUGUGAAUGCAGUGAGUGUGGGAAAACCUUCAAUCGCAUCUCAAACCUUAUUACUCAUCAGAGAAUCCACACAGGGGAGAGGCCCUAUAAAUGCAGUGAGUGUGGGAAAACCUUCAAUCACAGUUCUCACCUUAUUACCCAUCAAAGAAUCCACACAGGGGAGAGACCCUAUGAAUGCAGUGAGUGCGGGAAAACCUUCAAUCACAGUUCACACCUUCUUAGGCAUCAGAGAAUCCACACAGGAGAGAGACCUUAUGAAUGCAGUGAGUGUGGGAAAAGCUUCACUUGCACUUCAGAUCUUUUUCAACAUCAGAGAAUCCACACAGGAGAGAGGCCCUAUGAAUGCAGUGAGUGUGGGAAAAGCUUCACUACCAGCUCAGCCCUUUCUGAACAUCAGAGAAUCCACACAGGCGAAAGACCCUAUAAAUGCAGUGAGUGUGCGGAAAGCUUCCCUAGGAGUUCAGCCCUUUCUGAGCAUCAGAAAAUCCACACCGGUGUGAGACCCUAUGAAUGCACUGAGUGUGGGAAAACCUUCAAUCGCAUCUCAGUCCUUAGUAGGCAUCAGAGAAUCCACACAGGGGAGAGGCCUUAUGAAUGCAGUGAGUGUGGGAAAAACUUCACUCACAGAUCAGCCCUUUCUGAACAUCAGAAUAUCCACACCGGUGUGAGACCCUAUGAAUGCACUGAAUGUCAGAAAACCUUCAAUCGCAGCUCGAACCUUAUUAGGCAUCAGACAGUCCACACAGGAGAGAGGCCCUAUAAAUGCAGUGAAUGUGGGAAAAGUUUCACUUGCACUUCAGACCUUUUUCAACAUCAGAGAAUCCACACAGGGGAGAGGCCCUUUGAAUGCAGUGAGUGCGGGAAAACCUUCUCUUGCUUCAAUCGGCGCUCACACCUUAUCAGACAUCAGAGAAUCCACACAGGGGAGCUGCCCUACACGUGCGCUGAGUGUGGGAAAAGCUUCAGGCAGAGCUCUCACCUUAUCAGACAUCAGAGAAUCCACACAGGGGAGACGCCCUACACGUGCGCUGAGUGCGGGAACAGCUUCAGUCAGCGCUCACACCUUAUCACACAUCAGAGAAUCCACACAGGGGAGAUGCCCUACACAUGCCAUGAGUGCGGGGAAAGCUUCAAUUGGCGCUCACACCUUAUCAGACAUCAGAGAAUCCACACAGGAGAGACGCCGUACACGUGCUCUGAGUGCGGGAAAAGCUUCGAUCGGCGCUCAAACCUUAUCACACAUCAGAGAAUCCACACAGGGGAGACACCCUACAUAUGCUCUGAGUGCGGGAAAAGCUUCAGUCAGCGCUCAAACCUUAUCACACAUCAGAGAAUCCACACAGGGGAGACGCCCUACACAUGCGCUGAGUGCGGGAAAAGCUUCAAUCAGCCCUCACACCUUAUCACACAUCGGAGAAUCCACACAGGAGAGACGCCCUACACAUGCUCUGAGUGCGGGAAAAGCUUCAGUCAGCGCUCAAUCCUUAUCAGACAUCAGAUAAUCCACACAGGAGAGAUGCCAUACACAUGCGCUGAGUGCGGGAAAAGCUUCAGUCGGAGCUCACACCUUAUCAGACAUCAGAGAAUCCACACAGGGGAGACGCCCUACACGUGCUCUGAGUGCGGGAAAAGCUUCAGUCAGCGCUCAAACCUUAUCACACAUCAGAGAAUCCACAGAUGAGAGCUACCCUACACAUGCUCUGAGUGUGGGUAAAGUUUAAUUGAGCAUUCUGACUUUGUCAGACAUCGUAGAAUCCACAGUGGAGAGAGACCCUACACAUGCUCUGCAUUUGGGAAAAGCUUCA